GAAAUGGUCGGGCAGCAGCAAUUAGAUCAAAUUAUUGUAUCUCAAAGGAAACAGGAAUUUAUUAUUUUGAGAUUGACAUUUUAGAAGGUGGAGAAGGAAAUUUAAUAUCAAUUGGUGUUGCAACGCCGCACUUUAGUCUUAGAAGACAUGUAGGAUACGCCAGCUCAUCAUAUAAUCUUGAAAGAUUAUACCCAGCUGUUGGAAUGAGAUGUAAGAAUGCUCGGGUGGAAGCAAAUUUUGGAAAUAGGCCUUUCAAAUUUGAUAUCAAACUAUAUGCAAAG